UUAGAGACAGAGACACAGAGACAGAGACCGUGAAAACCAGAACGAGUAAAGGAUAUUUUUCUCUAAAUGAUAUCUUCCAGAACGCAUGAUAGUGUUAAUUUGCUGACUGGAUUGUAAAUUGGGAUUUCUUUGAUGGACUGUGAUGAAUCAGCGCUCCGACAUGGAACAAAGAGGACGCAACGCGCGGCAGCAGCGACGGGGUUGUUUUGUCUUUGUUAUUCUGACCGUUUUCUGGAGCGGAGCUUUUGCGCAGAUCAGAUAUUCUGUCUCUGAAGAGGUUCAAGGUGGAACUGUGGUUGGAAAUAUAGCGAAGGAUUUGGGACUUGACAAGAAUGCACUGAAGCUCAGAGGAUAUCGCAUCGUUGCAGAUUCAUCCGAGCCGCUGUUUGAAGUGAAUCAAAGCGAUGGAAAUCUGUAUCUGAGAAAGAAAAUAGACCGAGAGGAGGUUUGUGAAAAGAGCUCUCCCUGUUUGAUCAACUUAAAAACCGUGUUAGAGAACCCGCUAGAGAUUCAUUCUGUAACUGUUGAAAUCCUUGAUAUUAAUGAUCACGCUCCUGUUUUUAUGGAGAAAGAGAAACGACUGGAAAUAUUCGAAUCGGUUCUUCCUGGGGCGAGGUUUCAGCUACAGGCUGCGCAGGACCCCGAUGUGGGUCAGUUCUCUAUUCAGCAAUAUAAACUCAGCCAGAACGAACAUUUUAGAGUAGAAGUGAAAGAUAGAGGAGAGGAUGGUAAGGUUCCGUUUUUAGUGCUGCAGAAGCAGCUAGACAGAGAAACAACAGAGAAACAUAAACUGCGUCUAACAGCCGUUGAUGGAGGCAAACCUGCGAAAUCUGGAAACAUAGAAAUAAUUGUGGAUGUACUUGAUAUUAAUGACAACUCUCCAGUGUUUACUAAAGAAACCUAUUCUGCUACAAUUAAGGAAAAUAUUCCAAUUGGGACUAUAGUGAUUCAAGUCAAUGCAACAGAUUUAGACAAAGGAGCAAACGGAGAAAUAAUUUAUUCAUUUGGUAAUGAAGUUAAAUCUAAAAUCACUGAACUCUUCAGUAUUAAUGAAAAUACUGGUGAAAUUACAGUAAAAGGUCAGAUUGAUUUUGAGAAAAGCAAAAGUUAUGAAAUUGAUGUUCAGGCUUCAGAUAGGGGGCAUGCUCCUUUAACAACUGACAAAAGUAUUAAAAUAAACGUGAUUGAUGUUAAUGACAAUCCUCCUGAGAUUGAGGUGACGUCAUUCUCCAACUCAAUCAAAGAGGAUUCCAAAAUAGGAACUACAGUGGCACUAAUCAGCGUCCGUGAUUCUGACUCUGGAAUUAAUGGAAAAGUGAUUUGUACAAUUAAACAAGACGUUCCUUUUACUUUGUCUCCAUCUUUACAAGAAAACAUGUUUGCUGUUGUGAGCAUGUCACAGUUAGACAGAGAGAUCAGACCUCAUUAUGACGUAACAAUCAUUGCAAAAGACUCAGGAGAUCCUUCGUUUACUGUUGAAAAGACCAUCAACGUUGUAGUUUCUGAUGUCAAUGACAACUUUCCAGAGUUUUCAAUGGCUCCAUAUACUUUUUACAUCAGUGAGAACAACAUUCCUGGAGCUUCAGUUUUUUCAGUGAAAGCCUUUGACCGAGACGAUGGGGAUAAUGCACUAGUUUCAUAUGGAAUCCUAAGAGAAAUGAACAGCGACAACAAGCUGUCUUCAUUUUUAAGCAUCAACUCAGAAACAGGAGAAAUUUCAGCUCUGAAAAGCUUUGACUUUGAAAGUGUGAAAACGUUCCAGUUCCACGUUGUUGCCACAGAUUCUGGAAGUCCUCCUCUGAGCAGCAACGUGACAGUGAACGUGUUCAUUCUGGAUCAGAACGACAACGCUCCAGUCAUCCUGUAUCCAGUCAGCUCCAACGGUUCUGCUGAAGGGGUGGAGGAGAUUCCCCGCAACGUGAACGCAGGACACUUGGUGACUAAAGUGCGAGCCUAUGACGCUGAUAUAGGAUAUAACGGCUGGCUGCUGUUCUCACUGCAGCAAGUGACUGACCACAGUCUCUUUGCUUUGGACCGCUAUACAGGACAGAUCCGAACUCUCCGCUCGUUCACAGAGACAGACGAGGCUGAACACAAACUGCUCAUCCUGGUCAAAGACAAUGGCAACGUUUCCCUCUCAGCAACAGCUACUGUCAUUGUCAAACUUGUGGAGCCCAAAGAGGCUUUUGCAGCUUCUGAUGUUCAAAGUGCAGCAGCGGAGGAUGAAGACAGUCACGUGACUUUCUACCUCAUCAUCACUUUGGGCUCCGUUUCCCUGCUGUUUCUCAUCAGCAUCAUCGUGCUGAUUGCAAUGCAGUGCUCCAAGUCCACAGACUAUACUUCCAAAUAUCUGCCAGAGCCCAAUUAUGAUGGAACACUGUGUCACAGCAUCCAGUACAGAUCUGGAGACAAACGCUACAUGUUAGUGGGACCCAGAAUGAGUGUUGGAUCUACCAUAGUUCCUGGAAGUCACGCAAACACACUUGUGCUUCCUGAUAGGAGGAAAACUUCAGAUGAGGUAGGAUGACUUUUGAAAAUUGCU